UGUAAAAAACUACGUGAUGCAAAGGAAUCUUUUGUUGUUAAACAUAACCUCACUUUAAGUGAACAAAGCGAAGAGAGUGAUGAUUUUUGUGUACUAGCUUUGUUUAUAAACUAAAAAAAAAGAAAAACCUUAUCGAAAAUGGAUAAUCAUUUCUUUACCCAAGUGAAAAUUCAUAUGAAAUCACAGUAUUUUACGUUUAAUGAAUCCUGGUUGAAAGAAUGUGUUCAGUAUUGUGUUAAAACUCAUCCAAAGAUAUCAAUUGAAGGAAUACAAUCGUUUGCCAUUGAACAAUGGCUCUUAGCCGAUUUACGUGAAAUUAAUAACGAAAAUGGAUGUUUACCGAAAAAUCUCAUUGAGAAAAAAUCGACAAUACUAAAUGGUUGCUAUAUUCUUCAGAUGGAAAAGAUGUACGACAUUUCGACAUCAAAAUACAAACAAUUGAAUAAAAUUCGUGAUGUCAAUGUUGAAAAUUUGAAAGCAACCAAGGAAGACAAAUCCGAAAUUCCCGAAAUAAAGAAUAAGAGAAUGUAUGAAUUAUUUCUUAGCGAUGGUUUGCAAGAAAUUAAAGCCAUCGAAUAUAAGACUAUCGAUCUUUUUAACAAUAUAUUAUUGCCAGGAAAUAAAGUAAAACUCAUUGGACCAAUAACGUGUAGACGUGGAAUAAUUUUACUCGAGAAAAGAAACAUUGCCAUUCUCGGUGGUGAAGUCGAAGAUUUAUUAAUUGAAAAUUCCGUCGAAAACAUUAUGGCUCGAUUUCUGAAUUUAGGAGAAAAUCCAGAUCCUUAUAAUGACGAGAAAAAAGGGAAAGAAUGUGAAAAAAUGGAAGUCGAGGAAGAAUAUUUAGACGAUUUAGUAAAUUUGGUACGAUCGCAAGACAGUGAAAAUAAGAUUUUAAAUCCACUUCGAAAUAAUUCAAUCGUUAAUUAUCAGCCCGAUUAUGGAUUAAAUAGAGAAAAAAAUCCAAUUAACAACGACGAAAUGAAUGAAUGUGACAUUGAAUUGGAAGCGUUACUAAAUGAUCCGGAUAUUGUUCAUGAAUUUCCGUCGUCAUCCAUACAGUUUCAAAUUUCACCUGACAAUUUAAAAAUACCAAAUGAUUUUCAGAAAGUAAAUCAAACCUUUAAUCUUGAAAAUUUGUCAAAUAAUCGUCAGAGUAAAAAUGAUGACUCGACGACUGUGAAACUUUAUCAAAACACUAGUAAAACGUCGAAUUUGUCAAAUAAUUGUCAGUGUAAAAAUUACGUCUCAGCGACUGAGGAAAUUUUCCAAAGUAGUGAAUUUAAUGAAAUAUCAAGAAAUUUCGAAAAGAAUUCUGCAAAAAAUAACGAAGUAAAAUUUACCGAAACAUGGAGUAAUUUCGAGUAUCCAAAAAAUGACGAAGUAAAAUUUACCGAAACAUUAAGAGAUUUCGAGUAUCCAAAAAAUAACGAACUGAAAUUUACCGAAAGUUCAACAAUUUCCGAUGAUUUGAUUCUAAAUGACGAUGAUGUGAUAAUUAUCGACGACGACGAUGACGACGAUUUGAAUAAAGGUGACAAUUCACAACACUUCGCAUCAAAUUUUCCACCUAAUAACGAAAUGAACAUGGAUUUUGAUCUGAAAAUUCGAAAACUAAUGAAUGAAAAUUUAAAUACCAGUUUGGAUAAUUCAAAUAAUAAAUAUCACGAAAUGGACUUCAAUGAAACGUUACCUGAUUUGAGUAAAAAGAAAACACAAACAAAUUCGAUUGAAAGUGACAAAUUCAAAGUUUCUCCUAAGAAAACAGAAAUUUUCCAACAAUUAUCGCCAAUAAAAUCGAAUACCAUCAGAAGACCAAAAUCUCUUGGAUUCAAAGCACUCAAAACUAAAAUAUCAACUGAUAGUGAAGACAAACUGACAUCCAAACCAUUUAAACCUCUUUUUCCAAAAUCAAAAAUAACGAAAGGUACCAAUUCCGAAUUAUUUUCCACUGAGAAAAUUCAUGCAAAAAUCGACUUGACUCUAUCCCCGAAAGACGGAGCUGAAAAAUUAUCGAAUUAUAAUUUCGAUACAGAAUUGAAGAAAUUGUCAAGUGAUACGGAAAAUUCUCCAACGGCAACAAAACGAUUGGCGAGUGACGAUCCUAUUUUAAAUUCACAUCAAAAUAAAACGCCUCGAGUUUCAAAAUCGGUGGAAACUUGUGAAACGGAAGAAAAAUUGGAAAUAAGGGACAGAAAAGUAUUUCCGAAAAAUUGCGAUGUUAUUUGCGAUUUAAUUGUUAUGACAUUAACGGAUCAGGUGAUAUAUAAAACUGUUAAGGCGCAAGUUAAAGAAAUUGAUAAAUUAACGAACAAGGGUGACGUUUGGAAACUAAAUGGCAUAAUCACUGAUGGCACUGCAACUUUGGAAGUCGACUUUGCAUCUCAGUUUAUGGAAAAAAUUUUAGGAAUGUCUUCUCUCAAAUUUGCAGCACUGAAGAAACAAGCAAGAAAUAAUUCCGAAAUUGAACUUAAAUUAAAAUACACUCUGCGAAAUGGUCAAGAAAAAUUGAUGAUAACAGAUUGGCUAAUGCACGUGGGAUUGACGAAAAAUAAACUCCCAUCUGUUGAGGAAGGUUUCGAAUUAUCCGAAAGUGAAAAGGAAAAUUUUCAAAAAAGAUUGAAAAUUCUCAAAUCGCGUCAAAUUUAAUUUAAUUCAUGACAUAUUUCGUAUUAUUUAAU